AAGGAGGGAAGCUCAACUCAUUGAUCGUUAAACCAAGGCACAACUCAUCUUGAAAGGUUAUUGGAAUCAUCAUCCUCUAGUAAGAAGAAACAGAUGGGUUCCACUGGAUCCGAAUCGGCCACAAAGCCACACGCAGUUUGCAUUCCCAGCCCUGCACAAAGCCACAUCGGCGCCACGCUCAAGCUAGCCAAGCUCCUCCAUCACAAGGGCUUCCACAUCUCCUUCGUCAACACGGAGUUCAACCACCGGCGGCUUGUCAGGGCCCGAGGCCCCGAGUUCGUGAAUGGAAUGCUGAGCGACUUUCAGUUCCUGACGAUCCCGGAUGGUCUUCCUCCUUCGGACGAGGAUGCAAUACAGGACUUGCCGAUGCUCAUGGACUCGAUGAGGAACUAUAUGGUUGGCCCCUUCAGCGAUCUCAUAUCGAGCCUGGGCUCAAACCCGAGUGUCCCUCCGGUGACUUGCAUUGUCUCAGACGGUUUCAUGACGUUCGCGACGAGUCCCGCGGCUUCGAAGUAUGGGAUUCCGCUCAUACAUUUGUUCACCAUACCCGGUUGUGCCCUCACGGCGGUGAAACACUUGCGAGCCCUGGGAGAAAACGGUCUUGCACCACUCACAGAUGAAUCCCAAUUGACGAACGGGUAUGGGAACACCCCUAUCGAUUGGAUCCCAGGAAUGAAAAACAUGAGGCUGCGGGACAUGAUUCACUACUUCCGAAUCUCUGGCUCCGAUGACACUUUAUUCAACUUCACUGCUGACAUCGGCCACAAGACUGAUGACGCCACGAUGACAAUUGUCCACACCUUCGAGGCGCUUGAGCCGGAUGUGCUACACGCCCUCUCCUCAAUGAUCCCAAGGGUUUAUGCGGUCGGACCACUUCACCUAAUGAUUGAUCGAAUCGCUCGAGAAAAAGUAUUCGCCUCAAAGCACAUUGAGUGCAAUCUGUUGGAAGAGCACAACGAGUGCCGGGAAGCAGCAGUGUAUAAGUCAGUGUAA